AUGAGCACCACGGCGCUGCUCCUCAUCGACAACCAACUUGGUUUCCGCGACGUGACCGCCUGGGGAACUGGCGCCUCCAACCCGGACUUCGAGAAGAACGUCACGGCGCUCAUCGCAGCUUUCCGCGAUGCCUGCGCAGAGAAGCCGGAGGGCCAGAGACCACUGAUCAUCCAUGUGCAGUAUCGUCCCGUCUGGACUGAUCACCCGCUGCAUGUCAGCAAAACACCGCCUCCUGUGCUGGCGGAGCCCAAGAAGGACGCCGCUUCACUGCCGCCCCCGGACGAAAUCAUCAUGACCUCGCAUGGGCACAGCGUCUUCAUCAACACGCCGCUUGAGUCGAUCCUCAAAAAGCGUGGCAUCAAGACUCUACUCAUUGCGGGCAUGGCAACGGACCUCGCCGUCAGCACAGCCGUUCGGACAGCCCAGAAUCUCGCUUUGACGGGGAAAUGGGGCGGACGCGGCAACAUGGCCGACGCAGCAGCCUCGGCGCGGUGGACUGACGGAACGAGCGUGUUUGUCGAGGCGCAGGAGGAUGCACCGGAGGAUGAGCGGGGAGAGGACGGGCUUGCGGUCGAGAUGGCGCGCAUCAUUCUCAUCGGGGAUGCCACAAGGGCGUUUGGGAAGGCUGGGGUCGCUGCACAGACGGUUCACAGUGUGCAUGUCGAGAGUCUGAGGGACUUUGCUGAAGUGAGGAGCACGGCUGAGGUUAUCGGCGCCUUUCAUUGA